AAAAGGAAAGACGGAAGUAAAAAAUAACAUCUCGAUCCCUGUCGCUACAAACUUUUUAAUAAUAUAUCGAAAAUUGCGCACCUUCGCAGCAAUAUUUCGACGACGUCUUUCGAAAUACUAAUAUACAAUUUCGUAUUAGGGCUUAAUGUUUUGUCGGUAAAAGCUUUGUAAAAGCCUUGCUUGCAAUAUGAAAAUAUGAGAAGCGUUAAACGAUAGACGAAGAUGAAUAAGCGGCCGAAUGCGAAAGGUGUCGAAGAAUGGUCAAAAGCUGGAUCAUUUGUAAGAAAACCUGAGAAAGGUUGGCUUCACUCUGCUCAGGCUAUUAAAGAUGGUGGCGUUUGUUAUGCUCUCAAGUACCUUGGCUGUAUUGAAGUUCUUAAAUCUAUGAGGACAUUACAGUAUGAUGUACGACAGCAAGUUACAAAAGAGGCAAUGUAUAGAUGCUGUGAGCGAAUGGCUAUAAUUAGUAAAAGGAAGAAAGCGAAGAGCAACAUUCUGAAGCUCUUGGCAGAUCAUCCACGCACCGUACACAGUGGUACCUUCAUCAGUCUGACAGUAUCUGUGUCUGGUAUUGUGCUCACAGAAAUGUCCAGUGGUGAGAUGAUAUCGAAACAUGAUAUGCAAGGAAUAUCUUUUGCUAGUGGAGGUGAAAAGGAUUGUCCAGAUAUUGUUGGAUAUGUUGCCAAAGACGCUAAAAAUAAAAGAGCUUGUCAUGUCCUGGACUGCCCUCAAAAUCUCUCAUAUGAUGUCAUCAACACAAUCGGCCAAGCAUUUGAAUUGCGUUAUAAAAUGUUUCUGGAUGAUCCACCACAGUUGCUGCCUGUACCAAGAAGGUUUGAAGGUUCAAUUUUUGGUGGUGAAGAACAGCCAUCAUCUCAAAGAGUAGAAUCACGUCGUGAACAGGCUUAUGAACAGCCACACGAGGAGCCAGACGAGUUUGCAGAUGGUUAUGAAGAUGAAUUUGAUGACGAACAUGAGUAUGAUACUCCAACUGAUGGAUGCCAGCCAACUCCCACUCAUCAAAACUCAAGUCAUUACCAAAAGCCCAGAUCACCUCCCUGUGAAAUGUCCAAAUAUGACACGCCUCAUAGUACAAUUGAGAGUCAUGCAGGGGGGAAAGAACCAUCCCCUACUUCUAUGGAGUUUGCAGUUGGCACGCAGUUUGAUGCAGUUAUGGGACCUUUGGUUAAUAUUCCAUCCUAUAAUAAUCCACUUGCGGCCGCAAUGACAGUUGAAGAUCUACCCUCAUUUUAUGACACCCCAGCAGAGCCAGCAAAAAACAGCGCAGGAGAAACGAAUGGCGAUGGCAAUGAAGGUUCGUCUCGAAUGAAUUGGGAAACAUUUGAUGAAGAGAUUAUGUCAAGUAUCGGAGCACAAACAACCGCAGACCCUGCGUCUGGUAUAAAGAAGUCGUCACCGGAGCCCGCGCAACCUGAGCCGGCAGACUCCCCCCAACAUAAUACACUGGGGUAUGCCUUACCGUUGCCAAAGAAACCAGACGAACAAGUUGUUAGGAGAACACCACCACCCAUACCAAAACCUUAUUCCCGUAGGAAUGACGAGGGCACAAGUGAACCUUCUGCUCCACCACCAGGGACCGCUCCAGAAGAUGAACUGUCUCGCAAGGAUUGGUUCCAUGGUCCUAUGUCAAGACAAGAUGCAGAAAAACUGCUCGUACGUGAUGGAGAUUUCUUAGUUCGUGAGAGUACUACCAACCCUGGACAAUAUGUUUUAACUGGCCUACAGAAUGGUUAUCCAAAACAUCUGUUGUUAAUUGAUCCAAAGGGCGUGGUGCGAACAAAGACUCACGCUUUCGAGAGCGUUGAUCACCUCGUUUGUUAUCACCGUGAUAACAGAGUCCCUAUCAUCUCGUCAGGAAGUGUAAUAAUAUUGCGUCAGCCUGUUGUUAAAGAUGAUCCCAGUCAAUCUUUCUAUGACAGACCUUUAUAACCAUGUUUCAUUAUCACAGGACAAGAACUAUGAAUCAGGAAUGUGGUAAAGAUAUGUUUUGCAGCACCUUAUGCCCGGUGGUGAUAUAAAUCAUUUGGCAUCUUUCAUGCUACACCAAGUACAUGUAAAAUAAACACGUUAGCAUAUUUCAGUAGGUUUUUAGCAGUUGGUAUUUAACGUUUUUUACCAAUGAUAUAGGAAUAUUCACCUCGCAUAGUCCGUAUAGUUUAUUGAUAUUCUUACAUGAACUAAAAGUAAAAUUGGUUGGUUUCGUUUUGAAGUUAGACCUAGCCAUUAAUAUAAUUAAGCGGUUUUAUUUUUUUAUAUACAUAAGUGACUUUCGCUUGUUGAUUUCAGGGAUGAAAUAUGAAGUGACGGUAUGAUUGAGUUUAUAUACAAGUGGUAGUUAGACGGCGUUUUCUAAUUUUUAACCCCAUGGACCUGUGAUGUAUAAUUUAUAUUGUAAAUUAAACUAUGAAAUUAUAUAUGUCAUCUUAAGA